UCAGACGGGUGUUUUGUCGACCUCUCUAUCCUCUGCAUCGCACCGUUGGGGAUUGAAAGUCGCAGUCACAGCGGACCGGCUCGGGAAUCGAACCAGCAGGCCGGGGGCAUCUGCGUACAAGCGUUGAUACGAUGGUUGCGGCGGCGAAGGCAUUGGUCUGUCUGUCUCUCUGGUUGUCUGUCUGUCACAUCAGAGGCGCCUUCAUCCCUGUAAAUAUGAACAAGACCAUCCAGAACCUUCUGCAGUACUAUAAGAUUGGAGAGAACGAGAGAUUUAACGGGAAGCCCGUCUUCUCCAGAGAACCGCUGUACGGCAAAAUGGAGGCAAAGCGUGUGUUUAUGGUUGGUGUAUUGGAGACCUAUGAAAGGCUGAUUGAGCAGAUGUUGAGGCAGCUGCCCACCCCGAGCCCCCAGACAGCCUUAGCUGGCACCGCCAGUGGUAGUGAGGGGGAAGCGGGCGGCGAUGUCAGGACGGAGCUGAGCUACAUCCUGAAGAAGAUCCAGUACCUGAGGAAGUACCGUUACCAGGAGCAGGAGAAGCUUCUGCAGAGCCUGAAAACUCUAAAACACAUCCAGAUGGAUAACAGUGUCGUCCAGAGCAAAGCAUUGUGGGAGCUGCCGUGGCUGUAUGAGGAGGCUAGUAUGCUGAACGACAACAUCAAUAGGCAGCGGCGGUGACGGUGACGACGGCAAGCCCGGAGGGUCAAAACCCAUCCGAAAGCCUGAACGACCAACAAAGAGGUCAACAAUGACGGCAACAAGGAAAUUAAAUGACAAAUCAUAAAUGGAUAAAAUAACAUAAGAAAUAUUACAAUACCAAAGGAAUACCCACAUUCAAACCAACAUACAACCUUUUUCUUUUUCUGUUUUACAAGGUUGUUAAUGAGAUUAUUUAUAAAUAAAUAUAUAUUUAUUACAAUGACCGCAGUUUAUGCCUAAUAGAAAUUGUAAUUUUGUAAAAUUCAUAUAUAUUUUUAAGGAAGUUCGAUAGUUGAAAGAAGUGUGGCGGUUUGAUACUAUGAUAGUAUUCAACAUGGAGUUAAACUUUAUUAAUCACAACAUCUAU